AUGUGCGGGACAAGACGGAGGGGUUGGACAAAACGGAGGUGUGGCACAAGACGGAAGUUCGGGACAAAACGGAGGUGCGGGACAAGACGGACGUGCGGGAAAAGACGGAGGUGCGGAACAAGACGGAGGUGUUUGAUUAAACGGAGAUGCGGCAGAAGUUCAGGACAAAACGGAGGUGCGGGAGAAGACGGAGGUGCGGCAAAAGACGUAGGUGCGAGAAAAGACGGAGGUGCUGGACAAGACGGAAGUGUGGGACAAAACGGAGUUGCGGGACAGAUCGGUGGUGCGGGACAAGACGGUGGUGCGGGACAAGACGGAGGUUCGGGACAAGACGGAGGUCCGGGACAAGACGUAGGUGCGGGACAAGACGGGGAUACGGGACAAGACGGGGAAACGGGACAAGACGGAGGUGCUGGACAAGACGGAAGUGUGGGACAAAACGGAGGUGCGGGACAAGACGUAGGUGUGGAAAAAGACGGAGGUGCGGGAAAAGACGUAGGUGCGGGACAACACGGAGGUGUUGGACAAAACGGAGUUGCGGGACAAGUCGGUGGUGCGGGACAAGACGGAGGUGCGGGAAAAGACUUAGGUUCGGGACAAGACGGAGGUCCGGGACAAGACGUUGGUGCGGGACAAGACGGGGAUACGGGACAAGACGGGGAAACGGGACAAGACGGAGGUGUGGGACAAAACGGAGGUGCGGGACAAGUCGGUGGUGCGGGACAAGACGGAGAUGCGGGACAAAACGAAAAUUCGGGACAAGGCGUAGUAGCGCGACAAGACGGAGGUGCGGGACACGACUUAAGUGCUGGAAAAGCGAAGGUGAACAAUAUACAAAUGAUGAACACUGCCGAUUAA